AUGGACGCUCCUGGGGUGCUGGACGUCGAAUCGGCGCCGCAGGAGCUCGCUACAGACGCGCUGUACGAGGACCCCGCUGCCGCAGCGUCGCAAAAGCCGGCGCCAAAGAACCUGCUGCGUGUGGAGCCCCUGGAGCUGGAGUGGCAGCGUAUUGGCUGCAGCUACCGCGCGGCUGCAGGGACCAAGGUGGUGCUGCAGGAUGUUUACGGACGUGCGUCGCCCGGCGAGAUGCAGGCGCUGCUGGGCCCCUCUGGCGCGGGCAAGUCCACCCUCAUGGACAUCCUUGCGCAGCGCAAGAGCGUCGGCACGCUGACGGGGCAGCUGCUGGUCAGCGGCCGCCCGGUCGCGCGCGGCUUCAUCCGCAAGACGGCGUACGUGCCCCAAGAGGACAACUUUGUGCCGACGAUGACGACCAUGGAGACCAUGCGGUUCUACGCCGCCAUCAUCCUGCCCGAUGAGAUGGGGCGCGCCGGCCGGCAGCAGCGGUUGGAGGAGGUGCUCGACGCCGUCGGCCUCGGCACCCACCACAAGACGCUCGUCGGCGGCGUGCUGCCCGGUGGCCUCAUGCUGCGCGGCCUCAGCGGCGGCGAGCGCAAGCGGCUGUCAAUUGCGGUCGGCAUCCUGGCGGCGCCGAGCGUGGUGUACCUGGACGAGCCCACCAGCGGCCUCGACUCGUUUGCGGCGCUGACGGUGAUGGGCUACAUGAAGCGCAUGGCGCGCACCAAUGGGCAGGUGGUCAUCGCGUCGAUCCACCAGCCGCGGUCGGCGAUCUGGAGCAUGUUUGACACGGUCACACUGCUGUCCUGCGGCCGGCUGAUGUACACUGGCAUCCGCGACGGCCUGGUGGAGUGGUUUGCGUCGCGCGGCUUUGAGUACGACGCCGGCGUCCACGGUGUCGCCUCGGACUG